AUGCAAGUUGUGUCCCGGGUUUUGACCUCGUUUUCGGCCAAACCAUCGGCUUUUCAGUAAGAAUUUGAAGUUCAUUCAUUGCUGGCUUGAAAUAAAAAUCACUUAAAGGACCUCUUAGCGUCAUUUUUUGACCAAAGUUCGAAAAAAAAAAUUCCCAAGGCUUUUGCCAGAGGAAAAAAAGACUAUAACCAAAAAAUGGUGCGAAAAAGGUUUUUCAGAGCGUCUUUUUUUCGUCUUUUCGGUUGAAUUUUGUGAAAGUUACAUUACCUUCUUUUUUUAACACCUUUUUGUAUCGUUGAAAAUUACCUUUCUGAUAAAAAAAAGGCGCUAGAAAAAAUCUACUUGUUAGGUACUUUUGGAGCUUUUCAGUUGAAUAUGAAGUUUAGAAAUCACUUAAGUGGCCUCUUAGCGUCAUUUUUUGAUCACUAUCUUCUUAAUAAUUGAAAAAUUGAAGCCAGUGGUGAAUGAACUAUAACUGGAAGACAUAACCAGGAAAUUUUUGAAGAUUCCGCCGAAUUUUCACGCAAAAGGCCUUGAAAGCUGAAGAUCACGUCGAGGAAUUCUACAAAGAACUGAACAAGAGGAUCAAAUUGCAGGAGAGUAUCCUGAGGAAACACUCGUCUUCCCAUUUGAAGUUCGUUUUUCCUAAAUAUGAGAGUUUUCUUGGUCUAGUAAAUAAAUUCUCACGAAAAUUUUGAAGGAUUUGGCCAAUUUUAACUUUUAUACUUCAAAAAAUGACUUUUUAUCGAGAAAUUCGAAGGUUAUCACGAAAAAUUUCAUGCAUUGUUCAAAAUAAUGCAAAAAAUGAAGCUUUAUUCGUUUGAAAUGAUUUCGCGAAAUAGGAAUUUCGGCUACCAAUCUCCAAUUUCGCAAAAUAAUUUCGAGCGAAUAACGCGCCAUUUUUGAGAACGCAGGAAUCACUUUCAAAACGGAAUUAAAAAGAAAACCGAUUUCUGAAAAAAUAGGCGGGAAAAAAAGAUUUCGCAACAUGUCGCAAAAUUACUCGGGAGUUUGAAGGGAGAAUAUAAAAAUAUUAGUAUUUUUUGCUUGGCUGAUAAGUUUUUUUCUUUUUUUGUUUCUCGUUUGAUCGUACAUUUUCAAUUAUUUUCCAAAAAAAACUAUAUUCAUUUGACACAUUAUGAAGAAAUUUUAUGAUACAUUGAAGAUUUGCCCUUAUUUCUUGUUAUUAAAUUUUCUCAGGAACUUUUUAAAAUGGAAAAAUAAGUUCUAUUGUACACAACGGUUAAUCAGAAGUGCCUAAAUUUUGAAUUAUGUUACUAAAAGCUGAAAAAAAUGGUUUUGAAACGUUCCUUUGUUUAUUUCUUAUAUUAAAAUGUUUAAAAAAAACAUUUUUUUUUCUAUAGUUUGGCACAAAUCAUCAGCCAACUCAAUAGAAUUUAAUGAAGGCUUUUUUUUCAAUUUAACGUUUUUUAGAAGGUUCCAUUUUUUGUGCUAUAUUUUUGUCCGAGCGUCGAAUUUUCCAUUUUUGAGCCUUAUUUUGAGCCUUUUAUUAUUUUUACAAGUUUUAGAGACUAAUAUCCCCGUCUCUUCUGUUAUUAUACACUAAUUAGGUGCUAAAAACACUUUAGGGAUCACUUAGUGUUAAUUGUGAGAUAUGAAAUUUCUAGCAGUAGCGUCUAAGGGAACUGGCUUUAGUUUAUACGCCUUUUCAGAAUAUUUGCUCCGAAAUGAAUGAAAAGCUGUUUUUUUUCCAUUCAUGAAAUUUUUAGAUGAUUGAUUUGGAAUGAGAGCUGUUCAGUGAAUUUUGAGGUUUUUUUCUUUUUUUAUUUUUUUAGUUACCACUGAAACUUAAGCAAACCUACUUUAAAAAUGACGUUUCAUGAAUUUUUUUAUUUCACGUAUUUUUUUAUCAAAUUUUUCAUUCUUUACGCCAUUUUCGAAACAGUUCCUUCCUUUCCGAAUGUCAAAUUUUUUUCCUUUUUUGGAGAUUUUUCGAAUAAAAUACAAAAAAAUUUUUUUGGAAAAAAAGCUGACCAUUUUUUUCUUCUUCCAACAAUAAUUUUCCAUUUUUUUUUUUCUCCGAGUGUCAAAUUUGUCAUUUUUGGGCACUUUCAAAGAAAAAUUCAAGAAGUUUUUUUCGAUCAAAUUGGUUGACAAUUUUUUUCUUCUUUCAUAUUUUUAAUCUAUCAAUGUUUUGCCUUAAAGAGCCCGCGAAGCGAAAAGCUUCUCUGUCGAACCUGAAGGCUUCGAUGGUUUCCGUGCAGCAAAAACAAAAGAUUUCCUUCGAACCGCCGCCCAAUUCCAUCUGCAACAUUCCCAGCCAAGUUUCCAUUGAGGUAAGCUCGAAAUUCAAUGAAAAAUCCCCUUGAUUUCAAGUUUUCCUUGUGAUUUUACCGGUAAAUUUUGUCUGUAUAUCGUUUUUCAUUAAAAGCUCGUAAUAAUUCGUUCAUUUAGGCUAUUAACGAUUGUAAACUUGUGAUAAUUUUUUUAUUCAUUUCGACCAUUUUUUUAUUGAAAAUUGUAAAUUAACUGUUUCUUUAUGUGUUUAUUCAUGAAAAUUGUGAAUAUUUAUCGAUUUGCCAUUUGAUAAUUUUUCUUCAUCUACACCAAUUUUUCAAAAAAAUUAUAGAAAUUUGCUGUUUUAUGCUUUGAAAAAUUUCAAAUAAUUUGUUUCUUUGUGUCAAUUUUUUUAUUGGAACUGGUGAAUAUUUAGUUUUUUUCUUGUUUCGUUUUGUUGGUUCGUGCCAUUUUUCAACGAAAAAUUGAGAUGAUUCCACUUAAUUUAUGCCAUUUUUGAUCAAAAACUUGGAAAAAGUUGUCCCUUUAUGCCAUUUUUUCAUUGAAAGUUUGUGAUUUUUUCUUCAUUCAUGUCAAUUUUCAUAGACAAUUUGAACUAGUAGGUUUCUUUACUUCAUUUUUUUUUUCUCGAUAGCUCUUGAAAAUUCCUUAAUUUGUACCUUGUUUUAUUGAGAACUUAAGAAGAUUUAUUGAUUUAUGAUAUUUUUCAUCGAAAAAUUCUUUAUUUAUACCAUUAUUCAUUGAGAAAUUGUUAUGUUUUCUCAAUUUAUGUCAUUUUUCAUUGGGCUAUUUUCAGAUCCUCGGCAAUGGAACCGGGCUGAUGAGACCCUGUGUGGUCCUGAGAACCCCACUGAAAACCUACGUCUUCAAUUGCCCCGAACAAAGUUGCCGAUUUUUCCAGCAACUGCGCGUGAAACCGGCAAACGUCAUGGAUAUCUUUGUCACCAGUUGUUGGUUUUUCUUUGUUUAUCAAGAAAAAAUAUUGCCUUUAAGGUCAGAAAACAGAAAAAAUGCGCUUUCCAUGUGAGAUAUAAUCAGCUUUUUGGGUGUGAAUUUGAAAAAGAAGGGACAGGAAAAAUUGAAAAUAUUCGCCAGAAAUCAUCUUUUUUUUCUGUUCUUCCUUGAUUUCAAGGGGGAAUUUUAAAUAACUUUUUCGGAAUUUUAGUGAUCCCUAUAGGGGUAGGGGGAAGAACAUCUCCAUUAUGGGCCAAAAAGUGGUCCCUAUAGGGGUAAAAUCAGGAUGAUCCCUAUAGGGGUUUAGGGUCUGACCGCUUAGCCUCUAAAGCUCAAGUGGACCCUAAAGGGGUCUUUCAACUUCAUUCAAAAAACUAUUUAUUCAGUUUUUCGCAUGGAGAUGCUUCUUCAAAUAGAGUUCAUGAAAAUUAUCGAGCAUGCAUGUUCCCUAUAGGGGCCACUAACUAAAACCCCUGAAGAGACCACUUUUGCAAUCCUUAGUGACCCCUAUAGGGGUUGGUAAAGUGGUCCUUAGAGGGGACAAAGGCCCUUAAAAUUGCCGCUGUAGAGUUCCUAAAAAUGAAAGCCCAUGCAUGUAAAUUAAUGAUUUUUGAAAAAAAUUUAUACGUGUUUUUAUAUUCGAUUAUUUUGCUUCACGAUGGUUCUUUUCUACCUGAUUUUUCACUUUUUUGAGCAUUUUUGGAGCUCUCGAUUGAAAUUCAAGAGAUUUCCAAAAAUAAAUAUUUUUUUAACCGUCGAAAAGAUUGAUCUUUUAAUAAUUUUCAUUUUUUUUGUCUCGAAAGAUGAGUUUUCAGCCACCUGGGACAAUAUUGCCGGUAUUUCCUCGGUACUCUUGUCUAAGGAAAGCAGCGCCCUUCCCACACGAAUCCACGGCGCCACGAACAUCAAGAACUUCCUCGAGUGCAUCCGACCUUUCCAGGAUUCUGAUUAUGGGUCUUGUAAUUAUCCGUCUCAGGUGGGGUUUUGGUGAUUGGUUGGAAAAUUGGAAAAGGAAGAGAAUUCGUGGAUUUAAAGGAAGACAAAAUUUGAAACGAAAGUAAUAUUUUACAGUUUAAAGAUUGUGUAGGAAAAUGAAACGAAAGCCGUAAAUUCUAAGGAUAAAUUAGUUUUAAUUAUAAGGUCUUGUUAUCCGUCUCAGGUAUACACUGAUAAGAAGAAUCAAAGGAAAUGCGCCAUUUCAAAGGAAAAAAUGUAAGGUAAAAUGAAAGUUCCCAGGUAAACUCUGGUAGAAAAAUUGAGAGAAAAAAUGACGAAAAGAAGUUUUUUUAAGGGAAUUUCGCUCGUUUUUUGAAAGGAUUUGAGAAUAUUUUUCCAAAAAGUUGUUAAACUUCGUUUUUCCUGCUUUUCGAAAGUUUACAGGCUUCUUUUUUAACUUCCAUGUUUUUUAAGAAAUUUGAAUCUGGUUGAUACUUCUUGCAAAUUUUUGAAUGAAUUUUGAAAAUAAUUAUUUUUUUCUUUUCAUUUUUGUUUCUAAUUUUUUGGUUUUAUAUUGAAGUUUUACCCGAUUUUUCGAAACUUGGGUGUUCGUUGCUAUCUUAUUUAUUUUCCCAAUAUUUCUGUUUUCAGGUCGACGAAUAUCCAUACACGAUGGAAGGCUAUGAAGAUGCCGGUUUCCGGGUCAAAUAUAUCCCAUUGAGCCCCCCGUAUUCAGCUUCGACUGGAAGGGAGAGCCCAGGGGAUGGGACUCGGAAAAAGGUGGAUUUUUAUGAACAUGAAGUAUAGAUGAAUAAACUUACUAUGAAUUUUAAGGCCUGUGAAAUCGACGUAGCUUUCCUGUUCAACAUGAAAGAGCCGCCAAGACGGAUCGACGGCAGACGUUUGAUGGAAAUGAAGGUUUUUCUUUUGAAAAUACAUUUUUAACGAGUUGAAACGCCUUAUUGUUGCAAAAAUGAGGGAAAGAGUAGCGCCUAUCAUUAAAGUUGGUUUUCCUUGCGCCGGACAAGAAACGACUUGUCGACCAGUAGCAUAGAACGAGAAAAAGUCAACAAGAACUAUGGAGAGAGAACUGAAAAUCUUAACCGUAAAGGGAAGUUAGAGAGCGUUUAAAAAUGAGAGGGCCAGUGUUUUUUUUCUCUCACUCUCUCUUGCUAACCAGUGCUCUCUAGCUUCCCUGUAGACUCUUUAAAUUGUUGUAAAUAGGCUCCAUGACGUUUCGAUACGAGGAAAAGUCGCAGAAUUUGUAUUUUUGAAUGAAUUAUUAUCGCUUUUUUCCCCCUCACGUUCUCUUGUGUACCAGUGCUCUCUAGCUUUCUUGUAGACUCUUUUAACUGUCAAAAAAAAGAUUCUAUAACGUUUCAACACGUGGAAAAGUGACAGAAAUUGAAUUUUUAAACGAAUUAUUAUAUGAUUCUUGUCAGAUCCCAAAAGGACCUCUGAUUGGGAAGCUAAAAAACGGGGAAGAAGUCGUUUUGGACGAUGGCAGGACGAUUCGGCCCGAAGAUGUCUAUGUUCCCUUGGAAGACCAGACGGCGGUUGGUUUUUUGGAAAAUCAAAGAGCUUCGAGAUAGAGAUUUGAAUAAUAAUAUCAGAGAAAAAGGGUAGAGAACAGCUUGGCUGAGGAAAACAAGUCUUGUGAAGAAGUUUUGUAGAAAAAUUGAGUCGUUGACCCAUACAGUAGAAAAAAAAAAUGAUCUGCGGACUGAAAAAGUUAGAAAAAAAAUGCUAUGUAACCAAUGGAAAAAAGAGCCGUGAUGAUUGAGAAGUUUAAAAAUCAGCAAAAAACAGCAGCGGAUGAAAAAGUCAUAGAAAAUAGCCGAGGGAAAAGUAGCCAAAAGCGAAAAUUCACCGUGAAAAUUGAGAAGAUUAAAGAUCCGCAAAAAAAGUAGUAGAAAUAAAAAAAUUCAGCUGCGGAUGAAAAAUUCAAGGAAAAUAGCUGCAGGAAAAGUAGCCAAAGACAAAAUUUGCCGUAAGAAUUGAGCUGAGUUUUGAAUAGCCACAGAAGAAGAUGAAUAGCGAAAAAAACCGUUCCGGACAAGAAAUACACGAAAAAGUUCGCCCGAAAGCUGGCUACGUGGAAAAAAAGCGUAGAGGUUUGAGCUUUACCAAGAAUAGCUUUCAAAAAAAUUGAGCCGCGAGAAAAAUAGCAUCGUAAGUUUUCGGUGAUAUUGACCUGUUUUGGCGCCCCUUGGAGCUAUUUUUAAAUCUUUUUUUGGUGGCUAAACUUUUCCAGCUUUUUCAAUUAUUAUAUUCAAAUAUUUUAUUCCAUUUUCAAAUUACUCAUCAAAUGUUAUUCAGGAAAAAACGAGCCUCCUUGUUCUUGAGUGUACUACCGAAGCACAUGCCCAGUCCUUGUUGGAAAAUUCCCUGUUGAAGGUUUUUUUUGAAUCUAUUCAGGAAAAAUGCUGAUUUUCAGCCGUACUUUGACAAGUCCAAAAUCCUUAACUACAUUGUGCAUUUGAGCCGGGAAAACGUGCUCCAAAGCGAAGUUUAUCGCAAGAUUUUCGCCUCUUUGCCGAAUACGGAGCACAUUAUCGUGAACGAAUCAACUCCGCAGGUCCCUUGUGUGGAGAGCGUUUAUAAGUUUGUUUUUUUAGGAUUUUUCCUGAAUAAUGUUGGAAAUAUUGAUAAAAAAAUGAAUGAAACUGGAAAGUGUUUCUUAGAAUUAUUUUCAAAUCAACGUAAAAAUGGAAAAGGUUGGUUUUACGUGAUAUUUUCCAUUGAGAAAACGAUGGCCUUUUUUUUCUCUAUUGAAAUUCCAGUGUAGUCCCUAUAGGGGUUAGUGGAACUAUUGGGCCGAAAAAGUGGUUCCUAUAGGGUUUUAGGGUCUGACUCCUUAGCCUCUGAAGCUCAAGGGGUCCCUAUAGGGGUCCUUCAACUUCAUUCAAACAACAUUUACUUAGUCUUUGCAUAGAGUUUAUAACAAUUGUCGACCAGGAUGCCCCUAUAGACCCAUUCUUGCAAGCUUUAGUGGUCCCUAUAGGGGUUGAUAAAGUGGUCCCCAGAGGUGGCUCUCCAAGGGCUCCUAUAGAGACCAUCCUGCAGUUCCGAAGUAAAAAAAAAGGAUUUUUGUUUGGUUGAGGCGAAUUUUCAGAAAUAUUACAGAGAGAAAGCGAAAAAUUAUUAAAAAAUAAAAUUAAGAAUAAUUUUGAAAGGCACACCAAGCUGUUGAACCACAUCGCGCCGUCCCUCUUCCUGAAACUCCAUCCGGUGGACUGGACGGGACUCGUAACUCAGAACAACGAGCUCGAACGACGCGACGGAAAAGUCGUGAGAGUGGCCCCGUUGCAGAGGUUCUGGAUGCGUCAUGGUUGGUGUUGUGUCGCGAAAUUAAUGAUCCUCAAUAAGUUUACAUGUUUGUUCGGUCUAUAGAGAAAAUUCUACAAUGUUGAAUAAUAGGGUAUAUGAAAAGUUGAUCGUCCGUUUUUCGGAAUCAUGUUGACCAAGAAUGGCACGUAGAUCAUCUUUUUGAGAGUAUAUUAACUUCAAUAAUAAUAUAUUUAUUCACAGGCAAGAGCAAAUUAUGUAUAAAAUUUUGAAAAAAAGAAAUAAUGGAAUAAAAAUAUUUCAUAAAUUAUUAGAAAGCAAUUGAGGACUCCAAGAGCCUCCGAGACAGUGAGGUAAAAUGGAAAAUUUAAGAUUGGAAGAAAAAAACCAGCUGAGAAAAUAGGUGAUACAGUUGUUUUAGCACAUGACCUUGAGAAAAGAUUUAAAAAAUCAUCAUGAAAAGAUAAAAUUUUCUUUUUUAUAAUAUUGCCGUGUUCAAAGUGAUUCCACGAAGUUCAAAAUAGCCGUCAGAGAGUGAAAAAGAUAACUAAAUUUUGGAGAGUUAGAGAUAAAUUUGAGUCUAGUGGUCACGACAUAAAAACGUGUUUUUGUUGGCCCAAAUUGAAUUGCCCUUCUUUGGAAUCAGCUUGAAAUUGCAGUUUUUAUGAAAAAUUCAUGGAUUUUUUUAUUAAUUAACUGCAUCCGAUUAUUAUUGAAAAUUUUGACUUGAAAAUUUUUUCGAAUAUAUCUACUUUUUUGAGAGUCUGUGAGAAGAGAUGUUUUAUUUUUAUUCGCCAAAAAUUUUGAACAAAUAUUUUUUGCCCUGGAAAUGAGCGAAAUUUGAAAGUUUGCUCUGAAAAUUCUUAUUUUUCAUGAUUUGAUAUUUCUAGGAAACAUCACAAACGAAGAGCCUAUCAUGGCCGACCUGCGAGACGUUGAUUUCGGCUUCGAUUCUGAGACGAAGGCGUUGAUCGAAGAAUUCCACAAAAGUGCAUUUCCAUCUUUUGAUCUUUGACAACUUUCGAAUUUGCAGCUGAAGCUCAAAUCGACCCCACCGCUGAAUAUCCCAAGAUUUCCUUCUUGGGAACUUCGUCAGCAGUCCCCUCGAAGUACAGAAACGUGACCGGGUAUCUUGUCGAGGCCAAUGAGAACAGCGCCUUGCUUGUCGAUGUUGGCGAGGGAACCUACGGACAGUUGCGGGUGCUUUUCGGGGAUGAGCAGUGUGAAAAGGUCCGGGCUUGAAAUCAUACGUUCGCAGACCAAUUUUAAAGGCCGCUGACCCCUCCUCCAAAGUUUUCCUAUAUUAAAUUCAAUUUGAGGAGCUCCUUAAGGCUAAAACUACCUCCCUGAGGUUGAAACUUGGUUUUAUUCCUAUUUUUCAAAAUCUUGAAAGUCAACUUUUCCUCCCGGACUGAAUGGUUCUGCAAUUGCCCAUCUAUGCUUGGGAUUUGCUUGGCUAGAACUCUUUUUCUAGAGCUUUUUGUGAUACUUCACUGUGAAAAGCAUAAGUGGAUCCUUAGGGGAGUUUGAGAUUUAGUGGGCCCUAUAGGGCUUGUAUCAGGCCCUCCUAAAGGGAGACAAGAACCAUAUGAAAAGGUUGGAAUUUUAAAGAAAUGAAAUUUUUUUUCUGGAAUUGGUCCGAUUUAUCUUUCCUUUCCGGCGAGGGAACCAAGAGACGCAGAGAACUUCAGACAAAUUGCUCGAAAUAAGCUGAAAAUAGAGAAUAAGGUCGACUGAAGAGACGCCAGAGAAGUCAGAAUGUCUCUCUUUGUCUGGGGUCUCUUCAGGCAGCCUUGCUCUCUCAUUGUAUUAUUAUUUUUGGAAUGAACGGGUAAAACUUUGAGAUUUUUUUGAUAGAAGAAAAUGAGACUCGAAAAUGAUGUUUUCUGGGUUAUUUAAAGAUAGUUCUUUCGACUUUCCAUUCAAAGACCUCAAAUUUUUGAUUUCAGACCUUUUUAGCCUGUUUUUUUUUAAUCAGCGGUUUCUUACUGCGUGUUGAAAUCUUGGAAUCAAGCGAAAAUUAAAAGUAGCCUCGGAUUUCUGUGUGAAUAGUAGAAAAGGUGGCAUCAUUUAAAAAGGUUCAAGUAUUGGUAGAGUGUUUCUUGAUUGAAUAAGUGCCACUUUCGAUAGAUUCAUUCAGUAUCAAAGAAAUCAUUUUCAGCUUCUGACCAAAUUGAAUAUCGUUUUGAUCACCCACGCGCAUCAAGACCACAUGAACGGCCUUUAUACGAUUAUCGAGAGACGACUGGAGGCCUUCCAGAAAUUGGGUACUUUGGAAAAGUCAGCUCCUUAAGGUUAUAACCAUUUUCCAGGGAUCCCAUAUCGUCCCCUGGUUCUGGUCUGCAAUCGCAACGUCAUGAAGCCCUUGAAGACCUAUUCGAUUUAUUUCAUCGAGUUGGAAUCUUUGAUUGAAGUCGUGGACAUUUCGAGGCAUCCUCUGACGCCUCCAUUGAGGUUUUCAGAUUUUUUAUUUUUCGAAGAGGUUAUAAUCAUGAGAAAGAUAGGGAAAAUUGAGAAAUUAGGGACAACAAAUUCGUUUUUAUGCGGCUUCAAAGUCUUCUAAACGAUGUAAUAGAUUAGGAAAUCCAGAGUGGUCCCUAUAGGGGCCUUUGGAAGGCACUCUCUAGUGAACACUUAAAAAAAACCCUAUAGAAAUCACUAAGGCUUGCAAAAUGGCCCCUAUAGGGGGCAUUCUAGUCGAUAACUUUUAUGAACACCUAGCGAAGGAGCGUUUCCAUGCGAAAAACUGAAUAAAUAGUUUUUUGAAUGAAAUCGAAAGACCCCUAUAGGGUCCACUUGAGCUUUAGGGUCUAAUGGAGGAGGUCCUAAACCCCUAUAGGGAUCACCUUAAUUGUACCCCUAUAAGGACCACUUUUUUGGCUUCUAACCUCUAUAGGGACCGCUCUCGGACUCCCAAAAAUGGAAAAAUGAUUGUAAAACGGAGUAAUGAGAUUAAUGUUUUCCGAAAAUCGUCCCAUUUUUGUAAAAUUUACCAUUUUCGAAAAAUUUUUCCGUAUAUAAUUUGGAAAAUUUCAAAAUUUGAAAGUUGAAUCUUACAGUCCACCCAUCGGUGUGCCGCCAAAAAAGCGAAAAAUGCUGCCAUCGCCUCAUUUGCCGCCCACUCGAGACAUUCUCCCGGAAAUGCCGGAGAUUUUCGACGCCAAGUCUUGGGGAAUCCAUGAGAUCAAGGCUGUACAGGUUGGUUUCAGGAGGAAAAUUCAGUGGAAGCAUCGAAAAAUAAUGGAAUUUGACUGCUCUAGGAGAAUUUAUUUUAGUCGGCUUCAUCUUUAUUCCUUUUCAAAAGAAGUAAUUUUUUUUAUUUUUCUAUUGAAUGACAACUCUCUUCGUGAGAAUGUGGUCGAAUCGGUUUAAAAAACUUUUUUCGAGUCAAAAAAGAGGAAUAUGAAGGGAGGAAGUAUUAGGCGAAAAUUAUCAUGUGUGCUUCAUUUUGAAAAAUAUUUAAAGGAGCAUAGUCGAAGUUUAAAAAGGUCUCGAAGCGAAAUGCGUUUUUCCAAGGUAAGGCAAGCUACUGUACCUUUGAGAGAGUCGAAAAGCCGUUUCAGAUGAAAUUUUGAGUAUUUUUUUGGAAUCAUCUUGAUUAUAAACGAAAUUUUUUUAUUGAAAAAUUAUUUGAAAUGAUAAACAAAACGAGUCUUUUUUUCCAUACCGGUUGUUAUUAAAUUUUUUUGGAAAAAUUAUUCUGAUUACAACUUAAAAAGAGUUUUUCCCGAAGAUUUAUCACCUCUUAUUGAGAUUUUAUUUUAAAGGGUUUCAUGGUAUUUUUAUAUGUUCUAAUUUUAAAUGAUUACAGUGAAAGAACUAUUAUUGAUUAUCAAGGUCCACCACACGAGGAUGGCCAACGGCUUCGUCCUGGGCGUCGGCGGAAAGAGAGUCGUCUUCUCCGGGGACACGAAACCAUGCGACUUACUCGCCAUCGAAGGAACGAACGCGGACGUCCUGGUGCACGAGGCGACCUUCGAAGACGGCCACGAGGCGGACGCCCUGCGGAAGAAGCACUCGACGAUGGGCCAGGCCAUCUACGUCGCCCGCAAAAUGAAGGCCAAACACGUCAUCCUCACGCAUUUUAGUGCUAGAUAUCCAAAGGUUUUUGCUUCGAAUAAUAUGGGAAGCUUUUUCUGACCUCUGUAACGGGAACCAGACGUUUCUGAGAACUUUUAGGGGUUACUUGAGAGUGCUGACGCUAUUUAAGUAGCUAUUAGGAGUGCCCAUUUCAUUACAAAGGUCCGAAUUGAAGAAACCGAUGAUUGAGCAUCUAUUAUAUAUGCACGGAAUGAGCUAUAGUCUGAUCAGAUUUUAAAUGUCGAGCGUGACCCAAGCUCCGCCCCAAAUACUACGAUGUAAUUUUACCUGACAUUCAAAAUCUGAACGGUCUAGGAAGCUCAAAGAGAUAUCAAAAAUAGGCGGAGAGACGCCAGAGAAGCUAGAGUGUCUGUAUAUACGGUUUUUUAGUAGAUAAAGGUCUAGCAAAGCUCACUGGAGGUCUUUCAGGUACCUGUAUUACCCGGAUACCUCGACGAAAUCGGCAUCGGCGUCGCCAUGGACAUGCUGAGAGUUCGAUUCGAUCACUUGGCUAUCAUCCCGAAGCUUUUGCCCAUUUAUAGGUAUUUGAUUGGGGGUCUAGUGGCCUCAGAAAGUGAUAAAAAUUCAGCCAAGUCUCAUUAUAGCAUCUUUGAAAAUCACAGGGAGGGAAAUUCAACUUUAAAUAUUUCAAAAAUCUGAUCAUUUUUUUCAGAAAAAGGCCUUUCCGGCUUUUUAGUCACUCUUUUCAAUACUUUUUCGGCUUCCUGUAAGAGCUUUUCGAAGAAAUUACUCCGUUAGAGCUCGAAAAUCUUCCCUUGACGCCUUUGCAGAUGUUGGCCCUGAUUUUGGCUUCUAAUGGUGUUAAAAAAAGUUCAAUUUUAUCAGAAAAAAACAGGAGAACUUUCCCAAAAAAAAGCUCAACUUCUGUUAAAUUUGCAGGAAAGUCUUCGAAGAAGAGCUUUUCGAGCUGACAAUGAAAAAAGAGCAGCGAAAUCUGCGGCUGAAGGAUGAAGCUGAGAGAAACGCGCAGAGAUUCGAUAGGAGACAAAUUCGAGCUUGA